AUGUCUGAGGCUGACUUCCAGAGAAUUGAGCGGUUUUACCAGAUCCUGAACAAGGACCCGUCCUGCAACCAUUCCCACCUGACCUUCCAUAACACCAGCAUGGUAUACGAUCUGGACUUCCCUGGCGAUGGCUCCCACUGGCUGCGCGCCAUCAUCUCCGUGGUGUACUGUGCCGUGGCCACCGGCGGACUGCUGGGCAAUCUCCUCGUGCUGUACCUUCUCUGCUCCACCCGGACCAUCGUCAAGAGUGCCAUCAACUUCUUUGUGUUCAACCUGGCCCUGGCUGACUUGCUACUCUCCCUGGCUCUGCCGUUCUGGGCAGUAGACAUCACCCUGGACUACAACUGGCCUUUUGGUUUGGCCAUGUGCAAGGCCGUGUCCCUCCUGACGGGCCUCAACGUCUACGCCAGUUGCUUCUUCCUGAUGGCCAUGAGCUUGACCCGCUACUGUUCAGUGGCUACUGCACUCAAGCCCGCUGCACCACUCGGUCACAAGCUUUGUGAUUCCCGGGUAACUACCGCACUUAUAUGGGCCGGGGCACUGGUGGCUGCUGCACCGCGUGCCGUGUUCGCCGAUCUCAACAGAGUAGGCAUGGCCAAUGACACUGCAUGUCUGCUCCGCUUCCCUAAAGGUACAAAUUGGCUGGCUGUCAACCAACUCCUGAGGCUUCUGUUUGGCUUCCUGUUGCCCUACUUCAUCAUGAUCCUCUCCUACCUGCUCCUGCUGCGCUUCCUCUGCCGGCACAAGCUGAACGGUGUCAACCCACGGCGACAGGCUCAUGUCUCCAAGUCCGUGGCAGUUGUGGUGCUCUCCUUCUGCACCUGCUGGUUCCCGUAUAACGUGCUAACUCUCUGGAGCGCGCUGAUCCAACUGGAUCUAACAGAAAUCAGUCCCUCCUACUACUUUGUCCAGACCUACCUCUUCCCCUUGGCCAACUGUCUGGCCUUCACCAGUAGCUGCCUCAACCCUGUCAUCUACUGCCUCAUUCGCAGGGAGUACCGCAAGGCCCUGCGCACCCUGGUCUUGAAGUCAAGUCUAGCAAUCGCUUCCAAAGCCUGCCUCUCGGCAGUCAACUCCAAUGAGGGCCAGAACCGCGAUGGGCAGCUGGGCAUCCCGCUCAACAAUAUGGAAAGCCACACGGCCCAGUCUUACACCAAGAGGUCAGCACUGCCCUCUACCACUCUAUCGCUGGGUCCCAGUCCCAAGGGCCUCUGUCCGCUCAAUGUCCUCACCUGA